AUGGAAACCUUACUUAUUGCGCAGGGAUAUAAAAUUGACGAUUGUCGAUGCUACGGCAAUCCAUCUAAAAAGCCCGCUGAAGCCAAAGCUGCCCGUCCUACGCCUUGUUGCCCAUGCCCAUGUCCCGCUGAAAAAUGCAAAGUAACUUUACAAACUGUACAAAAGUUGGUCGAAGCAGAAAACAAGGAUAUUGAACUGUCUGAAGUUUUGGGUGGCAUCACGAUACUGGAUGAACGAAGACCGAAAAAGAAAAUAAUCGACAUGUACGACGCCACGUCCAAAGAAAACCGAGAGGACACCGAAACCAACGUAGAUCCACAGUAUUUAGCUUAUAUAAUGAGAUCAAUCGAGAACGGACUAAGCAUGAAAACUGAUCCGAUCCAAGUGUACGAACACCUGUUUGCCAAAGGAAAUGUCGAGGCUCCUCUCGUAGGAAUCGGUCCUACAGCAGCCAUAUCAACCGAAGAUAUGGUCGUACCUCAUACACCUCCGACCGUCAUAAACGUAAAGGAUCCGGAAAUGGAACCAGGCUCACGCCUGGACACUAUUAUUCCCAGGAUUAACGUGUCCUUGGCGGAAGCGACGACAAUAGAUAAUGUCGACGAUUUGCAGGUAUUGCUAGGCGGGAGUUUUCCCGACAAACAGGCGUCCACGACCGACGACCAGGAGGCGCCCCACAAUUUGUUGUUGGAAACUCGAGAGCCCCAUCAAUCGGCGGCUGUGCUUAGGGGGUCUACGCCUCCCACUUGGUUCCCGGGCUACAACGUGGCUCUGCCGAACACUGUGCACCCGGCUUUGGAAACCGAUCCAGAGUCCGUUUUGGAUGAAGCUUGGUUUCACAGUCAGCCUCUGUCAUUAAAACUAGAAGAGAAAGGCGCCAAGCUCAUUGGGUCUUAGA